GAUAGAUAAGUGUUAGUGAGUCUUUAGUUACCGAGACUGACUCAGUCUCAGUCCCCUAUUCGAUCAGGUGGGGGAUCACGUUGCUAACAUAUACAAUAAUAUAAAGUAUAACUACAUAUCUAUACAUAUAAUUUACAAAUUCAAUUUCACAGUACUAGCAGUUUUAUAGAUCAUAUAUAACAGAAACUUAUGGCGCAUAUUACAUAUUAUAUAGUAGCUAAGCUAGAGUAGUAAGAGUCUCUCACUAGCAUUCUUACUAGCUACUCUCACUAGCAUUUCUCACUAGAAUUCUCACUACCACUACGAUUCUCACUAGCCUCCCAAUGGCUACCCCAGAAAAAGUCCCAACCAAAACUCGACCCAUUUGACACGACCCCUCCCUGUUGGAACUUUUUCAGAAGGGAGACAGACACGGAUAACCACUAUUAGCUGAUUGACUCAAUUGUAGCAUAUUAAAAAAAUUUGACAAUGGCUUCAACUGCUGCUGCUCACGACGCCGCAUGUAUCUUCUGUAAGAUUAUUAAGGGAGAAAUUCCUUCAUUCAAAUUAAUUGAAACUCCAUUAACUUAUUCAUUUCUUGAUAUUCAACCAAUUGCUCAAGGUCAUGUACUUAUAAUUCCAAAAUAUCAUGGACCUCGUUUACAUAAUAUUCCAGAUGAAUAUUUAAGUGAUAUCUUACCAGUAGUUAAAAAAUUAACUAAAGUUUUACAACUUGAUGAUAAUGAUAAAUUAAUUGGUGAUGGUUAUAAUGUCUUACAAAAUAAUGGAAGUAUUGCUCAUCAAGUUGUUGAACAUGUUCAUUUCCAUUUAAUUCCAAAAAAGACUGAAGAUACAGGAUUAAUUGUUGGUUGGCCUGCUGAAGAAACUAAUUUUGAAAAAUUAGGUAAACUUCAUAAAGAAUUACAAGAAAAAUUGAAUAAAUUAUGAUUGAUUAAUAUUAUAAAUUAAUAUUAUAAUUGACAUUAUCAUAUAAUAUAUUAAAUAAAUAUUAUUUAU